AUUUCCAAAUGUAUAGGCAUAUCAUGAGUCCUGGUUGGACCCUGGGAUGGAAUUGGGCUAAGAAAGAAGUGAUUUGGUCGAUGGUGGGAGCCCAAACCACUGAACAAGGAGAUUGUUCUAAGUUCAAAGGAGGAAACCAACCACAUUGUUGCAAGAGAAACCCUGUGGUGGUUGAUUUGCUUCCUGGAGUUCCUUACAACCAACAGAUCUCCAAUUGUUGUAAAGGCGGUGUGGUGUCUUCGUGGGGCCAGGAUCCCUCUGCUGCUGUUUCGGCUUUUCAAGUGAGUGUCGGCCUUUCGGGCACUUCCAAUAAAACUGUCAAACUGCCAAAGAACUUCACUUUGCUCGCCCCAGGACCAGGCUACACUUGUGGUCCGGCAACAAUUGUGCCGUCUACUGUCUAUCUUACCCCUGAUCGUAGACGAAAGACUCAAGCUUUAAUGACAUGGAACGUGACAUGCACAUACUCUCAGUUUUUGGUAUCCAAGCAUCCACGUUGUUGUGUAUCCUUUUCUUCCUUCUACAAUCAAACCAUCACCCCAUGCCCAUCUUGUUCAUGUGGUUGCCAAAAUAAAGACAGAUGUAUCAAGAGCGAUUCAAAGAAGCUGAGCAUGGUGGGGAUAAAUACUCCAAGAAAAGAUAACGAGCCACUGCUACAAUGCACUCAUCACAUGUGCCCCAUACGUGUGCACUGGCACGUGAAGCAAAACUAUAAAGACUAUUGGCGUGUAAAGAUGGCUGUCACCAACUUCAAUUACAGGCUCAACUAUACACAAUGGACUCUUGUGGCCCAACACCCAAAUCUCAACAAUGUGACCCAAGUUUUUAGCUUCGAUUACAAGCCUCUAGUCCCCUAUCAAUCUAUAAAUGACACUGCUAUGUUUUAUGGAAUGAAGUUCUAUAAUGAUUUGUUAAUGGAAGCUGGACCAACCGGAAACGUGCAGUCGGAGGUGCUUAUGCAGAAGGACAAGAACACGUUUACGUUUAAGCAGGGAUGGGCUUUCCCUCGGAAAGUUUACUUCAAUGGGGAAGAAUGUCGGCUUCCUCCGCCUGAGGAAUACCCAUCACUGCCAAACUCCGCCACCACCGAAUCAAUCAUGAUUUCAGCCAUGGCAGCUUCUGCAUUUUGGUUCCUACAGGUUUUCAUUUGGUGACAUUCGUGUUUUUGUAAUGGCUAGUUCAGUCAAGAUUACAUACAUGUGUGCAUCUAUAUUGAAUUCGUAUGACAGUUUUGUUGACUAAACAAAUGGAUCUUAAAC